CCGGCGCCGAAGGCGGCGGCGCCGUCCGCGCCGUCCGAAGCGGCCUCGAGGAGCCUCUCGGAGAUCGCAGAGGAGUCGGAUGCGCUGACCAGCUCCCUGGAGGAGGAGGAAGGAGGGUCCGAGCUGGAGGAGGAGGAAGAGGAGGAAGAGGAGGCGGCGGCGGAGGAGGAAGAGCCGGUGGCGGCGGCGGCGGCGGCGGCGGCGGCGCCGGCGAAGGCAGAGCCGCCCGUUGUGGAGCUGUGGAGGCUGAAGGAGACAGACGAAGAGCGGCGCGCGCGCGAGGCCAGCGAGGAGCGCGAGCGGCAGGAGGAGGAGGAGGAGCGGCGCAAGAGGAUGCUGCGGGUGUCGCGCCUCACCAAGACGAGGGCGCAGCUCAACGCCGACCAGAAGCGCCUGCAGACCUUCAUGAGCAGGGAGCUGGACCAGCAGCUGGUCGAUCUGGAGGUGCACCCGGCUAGCACGUGCCCCAGGGACCGCGGGUACUUCCAGUGGCCGACGCCGCCCAACAACCCCUACUACAAGUUCCUGCGCAAGUCGCCGGCGAAGGCGGCGGUGUGGCGGCGCGCCGACCGCCCGCACACCACGGGCCAGGCCAUGGACACGGCCGUGCUGCUGCACCCGGAGUACAACCUGCUGGAGAAGGCCAACCACAUCACGCACACGAUCACGACGGAGUUCCUGGAGUGGAUGGAGUCGCUGGGCGGCGUGCAGCAGACGGAGCUCAAGGAGGACAUCCUGCAGCAGCUGUUCGACGUCACCUUCGACCUGCCGGCGGCGCACGCGCUGUGCGUGCGGGUGCGCGAGCUGCCCGUCGUCACCAAGGCCAUCGCAGACGCCGCCUUCGCCCCGCAG